CUUCCUGAUGUCUGAUCAGUUCAGUUUAAUGUCUACAGUCCUCUGAUCUGUUUUUCAGGAACAAAUAAUACAGUUGACAAACCGCCGGUUGUUCAUCUGACAAGUAGGACGACUUGAGACACUUUGGAGGAAGUGAGAUUGUAACCACGGUACAAUCACAGUCAGUGUCUUUCUCACCACUGCUGUAGUUUGAUCGAACAUCUGAACAAGAACAAGUUAAAUCAACUCAUUAAAGUAAGGAUGGCAGUUUGGGACAAAAAGAUUACCUGGUGCUUUAUGCUCCUGCUGGCUGGUGCUGUGGGUGUAAGUGUGAACUAUCCAGAUCCUGUUUGUGCUGUGAAAGGAUCGACUGUCACCCUCCCCUGCACCUUCACACCACUUAAAUCUGUCAUGGACAAUGGAAGAGAGGUUUUAAUAGAGAUCAUCAGAGUCAUCUGGUGCCGGAACCAUGACAUCUGUCAGGGCAGAACUCCGUCUGUGUACGACAGCGAGUUAACCAACAACAACCCUCGUUACAGAUACCUGGGAGACAUGAAGGGAAACUGCACUUUACAGAUCACAGAUGUACAGAAGGAAGAUGAAGGAACUCUUCGCUUCAGAAUGGAAGCUAACAACAGGUUAGCAAGUUUUACUGGCCGACAACCAGGAGUGAAAGUCACCGUCAGAGAUCAGAUUCCAAUGAAGAUAGAGAGCUCCAGUGACAGAGAGUUUAAAAAAGGUGACUCAGUCACUCUGAACUGUAGACCUACUACAACGUGUACUUUCCACCAACUGAAGUUCACCUGGUUCAGAGAUGGCCACGCCCUCUCUGAGUCUGGCCUCGUCCUCCAGUUCACCGCUCUGGCUGCAAAGGAUUCUGGGAACUACACCUGUGGAUUGAAGAACGCCAGCACACUGUCCCCACCGUACAGCCUGUACGUGGAGGCUGAAGAGGAAGAAACAAACAGUGGUACAGUUGACCCACAGCUGGCUGUUCGUCUGGUUCUCUUCACUCUGCACACAGUGCUCAUCAUCAUAGUGGCAUCCAUUGUCAUCAAAAGGACGUGUGUUUGCAAGAAAGAAGAGCGGAAAGACGUGACUGUGCCGCCUCCAAACUUCAUCGAGGAGCUGUGACGUCCAGAGGAACGAGGCCAGACUGUCUGAUAUUAUCAUCUGUAACAUAUCUGCUCUAACGUUGAUCGGUGGUUGUUUCACCCAGCAGGAAUCUCUCUGUAGUUAAUAGGAUUUACAGGACAUCAAACAUAUAUUGAGUCUGUUUGUAUGUGUAUGAAUAUUGUAGUUAAUGUCUACUUUUCUUUUGGCAAAUGCUUUUUUUUUUGCUUCAGUUAAUAGUUUCAGCACGUAAACGCCAUACGCAUGUACGUAGCGAUGCACAGCGCAUGAUGUGAUCCAUACAGCUGUUACCUUGUUCCAAAAAAUGAAGCGGGCUCCUGUAAUUACUUAUUUUAGCUUACCAAAGUCACAAUAAAAGCAAAAUUAAAAAACAUAAAACAA